GAAAUCCACCCGGCCCCCAAGCCCGACUUGGCUGCCAUCCCAGCCCACGACCUGCAGGCGCAGGCCUUGGCCAAACUGCGUCUGAAUUCACGCAAUUCCUUCCUCUUCGUGCCCCGCCGGGAGGGCGGCCCAGCUCUGCCCCCAGCCCAGAGCGCGAGCCCAGGGCUGCCGCCCCCAUCCUUGGAGGGGAAGGCACCGAAGGAGCCCCCGAGGGCUUCCGCCCCGGAGCAGGAAGGGUCUGUCGCUUCCCCGCCGGCGCCUCUGGAUCCAUUGGUACCUGUGACUUACAUCGAUGACAUUGUGGAGCAGGACAGCGGGGAGCUUUCUCCCAGGGCUCUGCGAGGACGGGGAGCUUGGCGGAUCAGCCUGGAGGAGCUGAGGGGAGGCAGCACCUUCACUGUCGUGCCCAAAAGGAAGCCCGUUCCCUCGGGGCUGCAGACUCUUAUUGAUGCCAGUGGAAGGCCGCAGCGGGAGGAAGAGGAGGAGGAGGAGGAGAGCAAAGGAAAAGGCAAAGUCGUGGAGAAUGCUGACGGGCCCCAAGUGGGCAUGGCCCAUAAGAAGCGCUACCCCACGGUGAAUGAGAUCGAAGUGAUUGGGGGGUACCUGUCUCUGGAGAGGUCCUGCAUGAGCAAGACGGGCUCCCGCCGCAAGAAGAUGAAGAUCUCUUUCAAUGAGACAAGUUUGCAGACUAUGUUUGAGUACCCGUCAGAGAGCUCACUGGCCGAGGAGGAGGAAGAGGAAGGACAUGCUUCUGAAACAGAGGAGGACAAAUCUUGCACCUUUUACGUUCCACGCCCAAAUAGCACCUUCCAUCCCAAUACACCGAACUCAGAUUUAUCCAGCUACACCCCAAAGCACUCCGUAAAGUUCAGCGAGUGGCAGGAGCAGAAGUAUGAGGAGAUGCCUGCUGCAGAGGGACCCCUCCCAAAGGAAGCUGAUUCCCAUGGGAACCAAGUCAUGCUCACCCCAGCAGAGAAGGCUGGACUCUCAGAUUUCAGCAGCGAGCCUGCUCUGUAUUUUUGA